AUGACCUUAGCACAUGAGGUUUCGGCCUCAGGAGGGUUGAGGGUUCAGUUGGAAUGGUCCAAAGGACAAGUUCAGAAGCAGCAAAAUCAUCUAGGACAAUCAAAAGGUCAGAAUGACCACAAGACAAUCAAUCAACAUUCAACUAGUAGUGCUAUCAGCACACAAAAUCAUCAAUCAAGUGACGUCAAAUCAACUCAACUUAGUAUACAAUCAUCGACAAGAGCAAUCUGCUCAAGUCAAACGAUUCCAAGUCAUCUACAUGAUGAUCAUUCAACGCUGUUAGCAACAGCAAAAGUCAAAGCCAAUUCACAUUCAGGGAGUUACAUUGCACGAGUGCUCAUAGAUCCCGGAUCAGAGCUAACAUUAAUCACUUCUCAAAUAGCCAAUCUGCUGCCAAGUAGCACUACCAUCAAGCUCAGAGUAGUCUUCAAUGGAUCCAGCCCGACGUCAACUGGAAUCUCAUUGAAUGACAUCACUCAUACUGGAACAAAAAUUCAAUUAGACAUCUUCGACGUACUUCUUUGGGUUCGUCAAUAUCAAUACGUAUUCGCAACCGACAUAACAAAAAAGUAUCGUCAAAUAAUGGUUCAUCAUGAAGAUUGGAAGCUUCAACAAAUUCUUUGGCUAGACAAUCACAACAAAAUCAUUCCAUUUCAACUCACAACAGUAACUUACGGCACUAGAUCAGCUCCUUAUCUAGCAGUUCGUGUGUUACUGCAAUUAGUAGAGGAUGAAGGCCAGAAAUAUCCAAAAGCAACUCAGACAAUCAUUAAAGGCAGAUAUGUCGACGAGAUAUUUGGAGGAGCAGAUUCUCCAGAAGAACUAAUUCAAGUUGCUGAGGAAUUAAUCAACUUGUGCAAGGCGGGCGGCUUUCCCCUUGCAAAAUGGCAAUCAAACAGUCAAUCACUUCUUCAAAAAACGUCACAAUCAUCAGGCAAUCAACAAAAAAUCACCUUCGAAGACUGCACUACAAAAAUUCUUGGACUUCAAUGGAAUCCAAGCUCAGACACAUUCACAUUCACAUCAAAAGCAGUCACUCAUGAGUCAACAUAUUCAAAACGCCUCAUUCUUUCAGAAGUAGCUCAAAUUUAUGAUCCUUUGGGGUUUGUGUCACCAAUCACAAUCAGAGCUAAGAUGCUUCUUCAAGAACUCUGGUUACACAACCUCAGCUGGGACGAACCAGUCCCACAAUCAAUCAUCAAUCGCUGGCUGAUCAUCAGAGAUGAAUUCACUCAACUUCAUGAGAUUUCACUUCCACGAUGGAUUCACACAACCAGACACCUAACUGUAGAAAUUCAUGGAUUCUCUGAUGCUUCACAGCUUGCGAUGGCUGCAGCAAUCUACUUGAAAAUACAUUCAAUUCACUUAUGGACGGACUCUUUAAUCACUCAUUCAUGGAUCAAUUCAAAUGCAGGACGCUGGAAGGACUUUGUCAGGAACAGAGUAGUGCAAAUUCAAGAACUAGUUGCGGACGCGCACUGGCACCACAUUUCUGGCAAGGAAAAUCCAGCGGACUGUGCUUCAAGAGGCAUUACAGCCAAUCAAUUGAAAGAUCACUCGCUAUGGUGGAGGGGACCCACCUGGUUAGCUGAAAAUCAGGAAAACUGGCCAGUAAAUUCACCACCAGCUGACGAGGCUUGCAACUUAGAAGCUCGUCCUGGAAUUUCACUCAUCGCAGCAAUUCAAGAUACAAUAAUUCAAUGGGACUUGGUCAACAGAUAUUCAACACUCAAUAAACUACUUAGAAUCACCGCCUUAAUCAUCAAAUUCACUUCAAGACUUCGACAUUCUUCAGUUACCAGUCCUUUAGCAUCAAUCACAACAGCUGACAUCGAAAAAGCGAGAAUCUUCUGGAUAAAGUCUACUCAAGCAGCACAUUUUCACCAAGAAAUCAGGACUUUAUCCAACAAUCAACAUCUUCCACCAAACCAUUCAUUCAACAGACUAACAGCAUACGUUGACUCAGAAGGAGUUCUACAAGUAGGAGGACGACUUUAG